AUGGCCGUCGACGACAAUGUGCUGCCGUCACCGCCGCCGCCGCCGCCGCCACCGCCACCGCCGCCGCGGAUCGUCGUCGUGGCGCUGGCGCUCACGCGCUCCGCCCUCGUGCCGAUGCUGGCGGCCCGGCGCGUCCUCCGCGUCGCGGCCAGAGCCUUCCCCUACGUGGCAUUCGCGCUCGCGUGGGCCAUCUCCGCGGCCUCGGCUGCCAAGAUCGUGGCGCGCCGCGCCUGGGGCGAGGGCUCCGCCCCCUUCCUCUUCCUCCGGGCGCUCACGUCCGCUGCCUGCAAGGUCUGCACCUACGGCUUCCUCGUCAUGCUCGCGCUCGCCGUGCUGCUGCUGUGCGGCCUGUGCGUGGCGUACGUGAUCGCAGUUCUAUCUGGACGCGGUCCAGAAUUCCAGAAGCGUGCCCUGGGAGCAAUCACGUGGGAGUCCAACUCGUUUAGGCUGCCUCGCAUGGCGGUGCUUGGAUUCAUCACAGUUGUGCCCUUCUUCGCGCUAGUUGUCGCCGGUCUUCUGUUGGCGAUGAUGUCGCAUGUGGAGGGAUCGGUGUCUCAGGGAGAAAUGGUCGGUUUUGUGAUCGUGGAUGUGGGGUUUUUUGGAAUGCACGCGACGUCUUCCAUUCUUAUCAUUCCAGCUCUAGCACUUGGCGCCUGGAGGUUCGACCAGGCGGACAGGAAAGCACAGUCGCAGUCUUGUUGAGACAAACUAAGAAGGGAAGAUGUCCGGAGAAUGUGGCAAGGAGCUACAGCGCCCAUUCCGCUGAUGGUUGUGAGUGAGCCCAACGGACACAAGUUUUCAGAGGAAAAAGAGUCUUUGCAAACUUGCUUCUUUCUACUAUUGUAGAUCCUAAUCAUCAUCAGCCAUUAAACUUUUGCAGACUUGCUUAUUUAUGCUAUUACUAGAUCGUAACUGUCAAUAGUGAUGACGUUUGUUGGGUCAUUAUGGGUAUGGUGAUGAUGUUUGAUGCUAUCCCAUGAAGUAUUAGUGUAAUGAUUAGCUAUCAGCUUAAAUAAAAAGAAAGAAUAUAUGA